CUUCCACUUACGUUCGUGCGAGCACCUUGGAAGUUCGGCACGAAGUGUAGGCUCAAGCCCAAGCAGCAUCAUGAGGGAAUGUAUUAGCAUCCACAUCGGUCAGGCCGGAGUCCAAAUCGGCAACUCCUGCUGGGAGCUCUACUGUCUGGAGCACGGCAUCCAGCAGGAUGGGCAGAUGCCGAGCGACAAGGUCUCCGGGGGCGUCGAUGAUUCCUUCAACACUUUCUUCGCUGAGACCGGCGCCGGCAAGCACGUGCCCCGUGCUGUGUUCGUCGACCUCGAGCCGACCGUCGUCGACGAGGUUCGCCAGGGGGCCUACAGGCAGCUCUACCACCCGGAGCAACUCAUCUCCGGCAAAGAAGAUGCGGCCAACAACUACGCUCGUGGUCACUACACGAUCGGCAAGGAGAUCGUGGACCUGGUCUUGGACCGCAUACGCAAGCUGGCCGACGCCUGCACGGGCCUGCAGGGCUUCCUCAUCUUCCACAGCUUCGGUGGAGGCACAGGAUCUGGCUUCACUUCCCUCCUCAUGGAACGUCUCUCCGUGGACUACGGCAAGAAGUCCAAGCUGGAGUUCUCCAUUUACCCCGCACCCCAGGUCUCCACGGCCGUGGUGGAGCCGUACAACUCCAUCCUGACCACGCACACCACCCUGGAGCACUCGGACUGCGCCUUCAUGGUGGACAACGAGGCCAUCUACGACAUCUGCCGCCGCAACCUGGACAUCGACCGCCCCAGCUACACAAACUUGAACCGACUCAUCAGCCAGAUCGUGUCCUCCAUCACUGCCUCCCUCCGCUUUGAUGGAGCACUCAACGUUGAUCUCACCGAGUUCCAGACCAACUUGGUGCCUUACCCCAGAAUUCACUUCCCGCUGGUGACCUACGCCCCGGUGAUUUCGGCAGAGAAGGCGUACCACGAGCAGAUCACGGUCGCGGAGAUCACCAACGCCUGCUUCGAGCCGGCCAACCAGAUGGUGAAUGCGACCCCCGCCACGGGAAGUACAUGGCCUGCUGCAUUCUACCGCGGUGACGUGGUCCCCAAGGACGUCAACGCGGCCAUCGCGGCCAUCAAGACCAAGCGCACCAUCCAGUUCGUGGACUGGUGUCCCACCGGCUUCAAGGUCGGCAUCAACUACCAGCCCCCGACCGUCGUUCCUGGCGGAGACCUGGCAAAGGUUCCCCGUGCCGUGUGUAUGUUGUCCAACACAACAGCCAUCGCCGAAGCUUGGGCUCGGCUCGAUCACAAGUUCGAUCUGAUGUACGCCAAGCGCGCCUUCGUGCACUGGUACGUUGGCGAGGGUAUGGAGGAAGGAGAGUUUUCUGAGGCCCGGGAGGACAUGGCCGCCCUCGAGAAGGACUACGAGGAGGUUGGCAUGGACUCCAACGAGGGAGUCGACGACGGCGAGGAAUACUGAGCCGAUCCCCGCCAACUUCCUUUCGGGGUGCAAUAAAUUGAUCGCUCUUGUA